AUGAUAUAUGGUGAUGUUAGUGAAGAGUAUAGCAGGGUGUGGGAUUAUGCGGAAGCAAUAAGGAGGUUUAAUCCAGGAAGCACUGCAAUCGUUAAAUGCAUUGGUAUAGACACACCCCCACCUUUGUUCCAAAGGAUGUAUAUAUGCUUGCUAGCAUGUAAGGAGGGUUUUGUUGCUGACUGUAGGCCUAUUAUAGGUGUUGAUGGGGCACAUUUGAAGGGACAAUUCCCUGGGGUUUUAUUGACUGCUGUAGGUAAAGAUGGGAACAAUAACAUCUUCCCCGUUGCAUGGGCUGUGGUUGAAACAGAAAAUGUAGAAACUUGGACUUGGUUUCUAAAUCUCCUCGUAGAAGACCUUAGGUCGGUUACUGCAUCGAGUAGUUGGGUUCAAGCAGAAGGUGAAGCUUUCACCUUCAUGAGCGAUAGGCAAAAGGGUUUGGUUGAAGCUUUGAACUCGGUGAUUCCUGGACUCGAAAUUAGGUUCUGCUGUAGGCAUAUAUGGGCGAACUUCAAGAUCAAGUUCCCUGGAGAGUUGUUCAAACAACACUUUUGGAGAGCAGCAAGAGCUUACAAUAAGUUUCAUUUUGAUAGAGAAAUGAAUGAAAUAAAGAAUAUUUCUGUUGAAGCAUAUGAAUAUCUAGCUGCUAUUCCUACAAAACACUGGUCUAGGCAUGCUUUUUGUAGUAGGAGUAAGUCUGGGAUGUUGUUAAAUAAUAAUUGUGAGGCAUUCAAUAAUGUGUUAGUAGAAGCAAGGGGGAAGCCUAUAAUUUCUCUAAUGGAGUGGAUUAGGAGAUAUGUGAUGCAAAGAAGCGCAGCCAAAAGGGAAGGGCUGAGUAACUUUGAAGGGAUUCUUUGUAAACAUGCCUUGGCUUGUAUUGUUCUUAGAAAAUUAGAUGCCAACGACUUCGUCCACGAGGCGUAUCUUGUAGAAACGUAUCAAAAGACGUAUAGUCCAAAGUUUUAUGGUAUGCCAGGACACAAAAUGUGGCCCACGACCACUUUAGCCAAACCACUUCCUCCACCAUAUCGAAAGAUGCCUGGAAGGCCUAACAAGAGGAAAAGAAAGAAGGAAGCUGAUGAAGGUAAAGGAGGUCACUACAAAAAAGGCUGCAAGAAUCCACCCAAACCACCACCAACAAAGAUCAAGUCAAAGGGUGGAAGGCCUAAAAUGGGAUCUUCUUCUACUCAACAAUCUACAACAAAUGAUGUUCUUAGCUCCAUUAGUCAACAACAAACACAAAAUGCUGCAUCUACUUCAUGUGUAAUGGAUCAAAAUAGUCAAAUAUAG